AUGGUAACAUUAUCUAGCUUCAGCAGUACUACAAAUGCACACUCGCCUUAUUUUGAUGUGAUGAAUUAUGGAGCUGUUGGUAAUGGAAAAACCGAUGAUUCACAGGCAUUUCUGAAGGCGUGGAAUGAAACCUGCAAAGUUCAACAACAACGUGCUAUCCUUAAUAUACCAACAAAGACAUUCUUAUUGAAUCCUAUCCAAUUUUCGGGUCCAUGCUUCGAAAAAUUGUCAAGCAUAAGAACGUUGGAGGUCUUGAACAUCAGUAGUAAUGAGUUUGACAACAAUAUAAUAGGAUCGUUGAAGGCGAUAACAUCCCUUAAAAUUUUGGUUAUGCGGAAAAUAGGCUUAUAUGGAUCUUUUCCCAUUAGAGAAUUAGCAAGUUUGAGAGACUUGGAAAUAUUGGAUUUGCGCCACAAUGUCUUGGAGGGCUUCCGAUCAUCAACACAAGGUUAUGAAAGUUUGUCGACAUUGGGAAAGCUAGAAACCUUGAACCUUGGCUAUAACAGUUUCAACCAGACAAUCAUACAACAACUGAGCACAUUGACAUCUCUUAAAAAUCUUAUUCUAGAUAAUAAUAUCAAUUUUGAAGGAUCUUUUCCAGCUCAAGAAUUAUCCGCUUUGAAAAACUUGGUGACGCUAGAUUUGAGUUGGGAUAAACUUAAUACCUUGAAAAUUGAAGGUGGUAAAGGACUGGUGAAGUUGAACAAGCUGGAGCAUCUAGAUCUAAGCUCCAACAAUUUAACCGACACGCAUAUCUUAGAGUUUCUGGCUACCCUGCCAGCCCUCAAAUCUUUAUCCCUGGCCGCCAACUACAUGGAACAACCACUUUCCGACCAAGAUUUGGAAGCUUUCAGCAAUUUGGAGAUCUUAAAUUUGAGGCUGAAUUGUUUGACUGGGAGUGUUCCUUCAUCUAUACGGGCCUUAUCUUCUCUCAAGGUUUUAUCAUUAUCUAAUAAUCGGCUCAACAGCUCCUUAUCCAUUCAAGGUUUAUGUGAACUGAAGAAGCUUGAGGAGUUAGAUCUCAGUCUAAACUCCUUUGAAGGAAUACUUCCACCAUGUUUGAACAAUUUGACAUCUCUGAGAUUAUUGGAUCUCUCUCAAAACCUACUCACAGGAAGCAUCUCUUCUUCUUUGAUCGCCGGCCUCUCAUCCCUUGUAUAUAUCGAUCUGAGUCAUAAUCAUUUUGAAGGUUCAUUCUCAUUCAGCUCAUUUGCUAAUCACUCUAAGCUAGAGGUGGUUGAAUUUACAAAUGACAACAACAAAUUUGAGAUUGAAACUGAACAUUCAACUUGGGUUCCUAUGUUUCAAUUGAAGGUUCUGAUAAUAUCAAACUGUAACCUUAAUAAGCUCACUGGUGGUAUUCCUAAGUUCCUUCAGUACCAAUACAGUCUGACAAUAGUCGAUCUCUCUCUCAAUAACUUGUCUGGAAGCUUCCCCAAUUGGUUGCUUGAGAACAAUAGAGACUUAAAGUUUCUAAACCUAAGGCAUAACUCUUUCAUGGGUCAAAUUCACCUGACAUGUUGCCCCAAUAUCUAUUUGGAUUGGAUGGAUAUCUCAGAUAAUCUGUUCAAUGGGAAGCUUCAAGAAAAUAUAGUGCUGAUGAUUCCUCAGUUAAGCCAUCUAAAUCUAUCUAAGAAUGGCUUUGAAGGUAAUAUCCUGUCAUUGAUAGUUCAAAUGAGUAACUUAAAGGAAUUGGAUGUGUCUGGUAAUGAUUUCUCAGGAGAAGUACCAAAGCAAUUUGUUGGUGGUUGUCAUAAUCUGAAGGUUUUGAAAUUGUCGAAUAAUGGAUUUCGUGGCCAAAUAUUUUCAGAAUACUUUAACUUGACAGGAUUAGAGUUUUUGCAUUUGGACAAUAAUGAGUUUUCAGGGACUCUAUCAGAUGUAAUCACCAGAAGCCCUUUAAGUUUGCUGGACAUCUGCAACAACUACAUGUCUGGUGAGAUGCCAAACUGGAUAGGUAACAUGACUUUGAGCCCUUUAAAGGUUCUCUUCCUUCUUGUGAGAACCCACAGUUUUUAG